AUGUGUACUAUAAAGCUUCUGCUCUUCACAUUGAUUUCAUUGACCGAAGGCUUCAUGAAGCCAAACAGCAACGGAAAAAUCUCUAGAAGUUCCGUCCAAUCUCUUGGUUUGUCUUACCUUAAUAGCACUAACGCAGCGUGUCCCGGACAUUGCGAAAAUGGAUGGGCAUACCUCGACGAAACCGAUGCCUGCUAUAAGACUUUCUAUUGGGAGACCUUCAACAAUGCCGAGAGCCUUUGCAGGAAUUUCGGAGCGCAUUUGACCUCAAUCCACAGCGCUAACGAGAAUCAGUUUGUAGCCGGCUUGGCACAGUCAGGGCUUGAAUGGCCUCUUGGAAGCGGUGCCAAACAUGCGACUUGGAUAGGUUUAGUACGCGCUGAUGAUCUAAAUAACAAGGACUGGCUCUGGACAGACGGCACGAAAGUCGAAUUUCUUGCAUGGGCUCCAUCUCAACCGGAUGAUGCAGGGGGAAUCGAACAUUGCGGGCAGCUGCACAGUGAUCCUUAUACAACAGCAGAACGUGCUUUAUGGUACCGCAAGUGGAACGACUAUACUUGCUUCACCAAAGUGAGAUCAUUUGUGUGCAAGAAAAUGGCUUUGCACUAGUGAUAUUCAUAUGGUUUGCGUUGUUAUU